GAAACCCAGCCCAAACCGACCAAACCAUGUGGCCCCUUAGACACCGGUUCGGGUGAGUCGGUUUUUCGGUUUGACGGUUUGAAUAAUCUUGGGUUCACAUGGGUUAAACCGGUCGGUUUAGGUUUGAAUUUAUGGACCCGAUGAUAUCCUAAACCGACCGGUUCAGUAGAAAUUAUGUUAUAGACCAUAAAUUCCUAAAUCAACCGGCCGGCCCAACCAAAACCAAGACUCUCUCUCAGUCUCAAAUCUCAAUUCAUUAGUUCCACUUCUUCGUGAGAUUCAUACGCACAAACAGCAACGUUACUCCGCUAGGGUUCAUCAUUCUCUCAGUUCGUGGUUUCAUCGUUUAACGAAGAACCGUCGCCGUCCAUUAUUCAACCACAAAUCACCACCGAUAUUGAUUUUGUGAAGGUGAUGUCGGUAAAUAUUGUUCCUACUCAGCUCGCCGACAACUUCCGGAAUAAGAAGCCUGAGGAAAAUUAUUGGUGCGCGUUGGUAUAUUAAAGGAUAUGAAGUAGAAUUCGAUUAUGGUUCCAGUCCCACAACUAUUGGUUUAGAGGUUAUUAAUAGGCCCACAACUCUUGUUGUGAAGAGAUUGAUCUUUGAGACAGUAACCUUGAGGUGGAAGUUGAAUCAUUCUCUUUCGGAGUAACAGCUUCAGAUGGAGCGCGGCAAAAGUAGCUUGCAAGGAGUUGGAGUUCCUAGCUUGCAAGGAGUUGGAGUUCCUAGCGGAGUUGUAGAUCAAGGAGUGAGUCAAGGAGCAGCUGCUGGUACUGCACUCCCUCCACUUCGAAAAAGGAAACUUAAUGCUAGUGGUAGUAGAAAAACUUCUACUGUUUGGGAAGAGUUUAACAUUUUACCGGAUGAGCCUGAACCUAUAGCCGCGUGUAAACACUGUCAUAAAAGGUACCGAUGUGACCCUAAAACACAUGGUACUUCUAACAUGCUAGCUCACUCGAAAGUGUGUUACAAAAACCCUGCCCUUUUGUUGAAAGACCCCAAUCAGACAAACCUUGUAAGCGGCGAGGGUGGGUUUUUAGUUCCAACUAGUCAAAGGUUUAAUGCUGCAGCCUGUAGGAAGGCCAUUAAUACCUUUGUUAUCCUUGAUGAACAUUCCUUUAGAGUGGUUGAGGGUGUUGGUUUUAAGCAAAUGUGUAAACAAUUGCAACCCCAAAUGGCUAUCCCUACUAGGAGGACCGUUGCUAGGGAUUGUUUUCAGCUUUACCUAGCUGAAAAGUCACGUCUUAAAGCCUUUUUUAAAUCUGAUUGUACUAGGGUUGCACUAACCACAGACUGUUGGACUUCGAUACAAAACCUUAGUUAUAUGGCCACCACUGCACACUUCAUUGACACUGCUUGGAAGUACCAAAAAAAAAAUUAUUAGUUUCUCUUUAGUUCCAAAUCACAAAGGUGAUACCAUUGGCAUGAAAGUCGAGGACGUUUUGAGGGAAUGGGGGCUUAGGAAAGUGUCUACAAUUACCCUGGAUAACGCAACAGCAAAUGAUGUGGCUGUGAGUUAUUUGGAUAGAAGACUUAAGAGAAAGAAUGCUUUACUGGGUGUAGGUGAUUAUUUGCAUAUGAGGUGUGCUGCCCAUGUCUUGAACUUGGUAGUGAGAGAUGGUGAAAAAGAACAUGAAGGGUCUAUUGAAUCAGUUCGCACUGCUGUUAGGUUUGUAAGGUCUUCUCCACAAAGAGCUAUGAAGUUUAAGGAGUGUGUUGAACUUGCGGGCAUAACUUGUAAAAA